ACAACAGCAGCACCAACAACCACAACUGCAGCACAUACAACUUCCACUUCCGCACAAACCACCACAACCGCAGCACAAACCACCACAACCGCAGCCCCAACAACCACAACUGCAGCACCGACAACCACAACUGCAGCAUCGACAACCACAACUUCUGAAUCGACAACCACAACUGCAGCAUCAAUAACUGUAGCAACAACAAGUGCAGCACCUACAACCACAACUGAAGGACCAGCAACCACAACUGCAGCACCAACAACCAUAUCUACAGCACCAACAACUGUAGCACCUACAACCACAACUGCAGCACCUACAACCACAACUGCAGCACCUACAACCACAACAGCAGCACCUACAACCACAACUGAAGCAACUACCACCACAACUGCAGCACCACCAACCACAACUGCAGCACAUACAACUUCCACUUCAGCACAAACCACCACAACCGCAGCACCAACAACCACAACUGCAGCACCUACAACCACAACUGCAGCACCAACGACCGCAACUGAAGCACCUACAACCACAACUGCAGCACCAACAACCACAACUGCAGCAACUACAACCACAACUGCAGCACCUACAACCACAACUGCAGAACCUACAACCACAACUGCAUCACCGACAACUGCCACUCAAGCACCUACAACCACAACUUCAGCACCAACAACCACAACUGCAGCGCAUACAACUACCACUUCAGCACAAACCACUUCAACCACAGCACCAACAACCACAACUGCAGCACCUACAACCACGACUGCAGCACCUACAACCACGACUGCAGCACCUACAACCACAACUGCAGCACCUACAACCAAAACUGCAUCACCGACAACCGCAACUCAAGCACCUACAACCACAACUUCAGCACCAACAACCACAACUGCAGCACGUACAACUACCACUUCAGCACAAACCACCACAACCGCAGCACCAACAACC